CUAGUUCUUGUAGGGCCGCUUGUACCAGCAAGGUCUUGAUCAUGUUGUCCCGUAUGAUCUUUGAUGUUGAAGGUUAGAUGACAUAACACGAGACACGAUCAUCUUCACGAUGUCAGCAGGCGAAGUAAGUGGUGACGAAGGCCUCCUAGGCGCGUCUGCCGAUGAAGACGUUCCCCCUGCUGGGCGAUUAUCAUCAGGCUCUUCUUCCGCUGAAGAGGACAAAGAGGCAGGUCUAGGAGUUCUAGAAUCAGAGACUGCAACUGCUGAAGAAGCGCAAGGAGCACAACCGCAACAAGAGUACUGGGCUGAGGGUUUUGCUGUGCAAACGUCGGCUAAGAUUCUCAAUUACGUGGCUUCUCAGUCGCGGUUUUACUUAUGGAUGAUGUCACGACUGGUAGUUUACUUAUAGUGUAGUGGAAGUAUUAAAAAAACCUGUUCUUGUGUGAUAAAUGUCAUCAUGAUCGUUACUUAUGGGUGAAUGUGAUGUGGGAACAUGAGGAGCAUGUUGUCCAAACGCAAAUUUAUCUGGAAGUAGAACAAAUUGAGAUUCAUAUCAAAAACAACAACACGUCCCCAGAAUGCAGCAGAAGAUGACUCUACAUUUCUUGUCGAAAAAUGCAUUCCCUGCUUAUCUUCCACCUUUAUUUCCUACAACACCUCCAUGCCGAUACACGACAUCCACAGCAACAACAUCAAUUUUCCCUUUCGUCCUGCACAUCCUACACAUCAUCUACAACUGACUACAUCACAUCUUCUAACCUUUGCGCGAUACGAUACCUACAAAUUC